GACUGGAGGAAACGACAAGAUGGUGUUUGGAACUGGAACCAGUUUAACCAUCGAAACCAAGGAAAUUAUUGAGCCGGAUUAUUACGAUCUGGGUCGGGAUGACGACGGAACCACAGUUUGUCUGGCAACUGGAUUUACUCGACUCAAGGCAGCAAUGAAAACACCCGGGUUUGAGAACGAACCGGCCAGCCCGAUAAGAAAUGACAGAGGGGAACCAACAGGUUUCUACAGCCAGGUGGCCUUUCAGGGAGACGGAGGUGAAUGUGGAGAUAACAGCACAAAACCGGUCCAGUGUGACGCCAGUCUGGAACCAGAUGAGAUGGUGAAUCUGGCCUCCAUCACCAUCUUCGGCCUGAGAGUCAUCUUCAUGAAGACGGUGGCCUUCAACGUCCUGAUGACGCUGCGGCUGUGGAUGAGUCAGUGAUUUGUUGAGGACGAAGGAAACGACCCGGACCGACCCGGACCGACCCGGACCGACCCGUUAUGACCCGGACCGAUCCGGACCGAUCCGGAUCUGGAGGAUCUGUAGAUAAAACUUCCUGUUAAAAACCUAAACGGAGCAAAUAUGAAGUUAUAAACAUGAUUGUCUUAAAGUCACUUCUAAUGUUUUAUUCCUGAUGAAUGAAUUAUUGUUUGAUGUUUGUGUAAAUAUUAGUUUCAUCUAAAACAGAAAUAUGUAGUUUUAUGACCGACUGUGUGGAACUUCAAAAUAAAAUAAAAAACAAAAAUAAA